AUGGAUCCUCCGCCCGUCGUGGUGAACCCGGCGGAUGAGCCCAUAGAGAUAUUCCGGAAUGUCUUACAAUACUCGUACCCGGCCGUUCUCCUCCUCGCCUUCGUUAUUAUUGGAGCGACCGACAGCAUCAUUACAGCACUUCGGAAGGAGGGUGGCAUAGUCGCAACAGUCAAGGGUCCCGGCGGGAAGCCCCUGCCCGUUACAAAGCGUAAAAGAGAGAGCCAAGAUGACGAGGAUGAGGACUCCUACUACAGCCCGGCUUCCAAAAGCUUCUUCCAAUGGUGUAUGAUGGCGGCAACCUUCACUUUCUUUUGUGCUGGGGCGAACGUAGCUGCUCGGGCUCUGACCUACCGCUCUACAUCGGGGGCCCACGGCUGGUGGUGCGGCGAACCCAAGACGGUGUUUAUCCUCGGUUCGACAUUUCUCUAUCUCUACGUUACUGUUACGCUCUUUGACUGGGCUGGAAGCCCGUACCUUGUCCACAUCAUCAUGUGGUGGACCGCUCUUGUGGGCGACUUGAUCAUCUUAAUCUCUGACCUGAUUAUCCUGACGGGCUCGCACAAGGUCAUGGUCAAUCUUGGUCGCCAAAAAUACGUGGUGGAAGAAGGUCUCAACAGCUGGGAUGCUGUAGACGUAACCUUUGCUGCCAUACGUCUGGCCAUCCUCGCUGGUCUAAUCAUCGUCUACUAUUCGAUCGCGUGGCUCAAGAAGCGAGCCGAGCAGCGAAGGCUUGCCGAGUUCUACCAGUCGGACUCGGAUGAGAACACCCCGUUGAUGAACGGACACCAAAACGGCUACCACUCAAACGGGCAUACGCGCAAUGGAAAUGUCACAGACCCUAGCAGAACGACCGGAUCUACGGCGCCCACCGUCGACGAAGAAGCCACUUUUUACCGACCCGAGAAGCUCCCGCAUACCACCUGGUUCGAGUACCUCCGAGGCUACUCAGUUUUCUUCCCUUAUAUGUGGCCCAGCAAGAAAACGAGACUGCAAGUUAUUGUGGUCAUCUGCUUCAUCCUUCUGAUGCUCCAGCGGGCGGUCAACUUCUUGGUACCGUACCAAAUCGCCAAGGUGACAAACGAGCUCACUCCCAAGGACUCGGGCCUGCCACUGGCAAUGCCAUGGGCUUCUCUAGGUCUUUUGGUCUUGUAUAAGCUGCUUCAAGGCCCUUCCGGCCUACUUGGGUCUAUGAGGACCUUGCUUUGGAUACCGGUCUCGCAGCACUCCUACCGAGCACUUACCACGUCGGCUUUUGAACAUGUGCACUCCCUUAGUUUGGAUUUUCACCUGGGAAAACGAACCGGCGAGGUCUUGUCAGCUCUCAACAAAGGUUCUGCGGUGAACUCUUUCCUGGAACAAGUCACUUUCCAGGUCUUCCCGAUAUUGAUUGAUCUGUUCCUGGCGAUCAGCUCCUUCUUCAUCCUAUUUGAUGCUGUGUACGCCGUCAUCGUCUGCAUCAUCACGUUUUACUACCUCUUCAUGACAAUUCGAAUGGCACAGAGCACGGCCGACCAGAGAAGGCUCAUGUCAAAUGCCGACCGCGAGGAGGAAGCUGUCAAGAACGAUUCCAUCAUAUCUUACGAAACCGUCAAGUACUUCAAUGCGGAGGACUUCGAGUUCAAGCGGUACCGAGAAGCGAUCAGCAAUUUCCAAGCCGCCGAAGCGAAAGUCACCUGGAGCAUCUCUACCAUGAACGUUCUGCAGUCCUUGGUCUUCAUGACAGGUAUGAUGGUCACAAUGAUGCUCUGUGCCUACCAGGUCAGCAUUGGCCCGAAAACCGUUGGCGACUUCAUUUUCCUCAUGACCUAUUUGGUUCAACUUCAAGGGCCGCUCAACUUCUUUGGCACGUUCUACAGGACUGUUCAGCAAGCCAUGAUUUCUGGAGAGCGGCUUUUGGAACUAUUCAAGCAGCGGCCGACGGUGGUGGACCGACCUGGCGCAGAACCACUGACCAAAUGUGAUGGUCUGAUUGAGUUCUCCAAAGUCCAAUUUGCCUACGACCAGCGCCGGCCCGCGUUGCGGGACCUAUCAUUCAGGUGUGAACCUGGCACUACAACAGCCCUGGUUGGCGAAUCGGGUGGUGGCAAGUCGACCCUUUUCCGACUGCUGUACCGCUACUUCAAUAGCCAAGAAGGCGUCAUUCAGAUUGAUGGGCACGACCUCAAGGAUGUUACGAUCGACUCUGUACGUCGUCAGAUAGGUGUCGUGCCACAGGACACAGUACUGUUCAACGACACUCUCAUGUACAAUCUGCGGUACGCCAACCAAGAUGCCACGGAACAAGACAUCUAUGCUGCAUGUCGAGCGGCCAGUAUUCACGAGCGAAUCAUGUCUUUCCCAGAUGGGUACUACACCAAAGUUGGCGAGCGUGGGCUGCGACUAAGUGGCGGUGAGAAGCAGCGGGUGGCGAUUGCGCGGACGCUGCUCAAGAACCCGAAGAUCAUAAUGUUGGAUGAGGCGACAUCGGCUCUCGAUACCCACACAGAGCAAGAAAUCCAAUCAAGACUCGCCAAAAUUGGCGAGGGCCGCACACUGUUGAUUAUCGCCCAUCGCCUCUCCACGAUCACGCAUGCCGACCAGAUCUUGGUACUUAAGAACGGUACCAUUGUUGAGAAGGGCACUCAUGAACAGCUCUUGAUGAAAGAAACAUCCGCAUACUCCCGAAUGUGGAACAAACAAGCUAAGGCACAAAAAGCUGCCCAGGAUGCCCAACAGGCGACUCGCAAGGCGGAAAAGCUGAUGCGCAAAGCGUCGCUAGACGGCAGCGGCCAAGAAGAUGAUCUGAACAGCUCUUCCGACGAAUCCACGCGGAAUGGCCACCCCCGGCCACAAGGCAGCUAG